AUGACCAGCCGCCGCCGCCUCCACUCGGCGCCGGCGGCGCCGCUGGACGGCGAAGACCUCCUCUGUCAGAUCCUCGUCCGAAUCCCCCCGCUACCCUCUUCGCUCCCGCGCGCCGGUGCCGUCUCCAAGCUCUGGGGGCGCGUGGCGGCCGACCCAGGCUUCCGCCGCCGGUUCCUCGCGCACCACCGGAAGCCGCCGGUCCUCGGCGUCUUCGAGAAGCUCGGGCAGGAUCUGGUAUUCUCCCCCAUCCUCGACCCUCCCGACCGCAUCCCUCCGGGGCGCUUCUCCCUGUCCCCCGAGCAGGAGGCGUCGUUCACUCACUGGACCCUGCUCGGGUGCCGCCACGGCCGCGUCCUCGCCAUCGGCAUCUUCAGUAGUCACGCUACGCUCCUCGUGUUCGAUCCCGUCUCCCGCGGCCGCAGCUACGUGCCCGUUCCGAUGGAUUUCCGGUUCAAUCUGUGCAACGUCAGGGGAACCGUGCUGUGCGCUGCCGGCGACGGCGAGGGCCACGUGCACGGAGACUGCCACUCAGGCCCCUUUAAGGUGGUCUUGCUAGGCACCAGGAGCCGCCAAGAGCCAGCCAUGGCCUGCGUGUACUCCUCGGAGACCGGCGUGUGGGGACCGCUUGUCUCGACGGCGGAACCGUGUGGCGCUCCGGUUAGCCGUUUCCCCUGCACCCUUAUUGGCAGCGCCCUUUACUGGUGGCUAAAUGAUUCUGAGGAUGCAAUGCUCGAGUUUGAUUUGGAUGUCCAGAGACUAGCUGUGGUCAGGAGGCCUAUGUUUGCAGGCAUUGGCAGCAGCUGUAUCCGGAUCAUCAGGGCGGAGGGUGGUGGUGUAGGCUUCGCCGUCUUGGUGUACCCCAGCUUCCAGUUGUGGGGCCGCAAGGUUGGCAGCGAUGGCGUCACCACAUGGGUGCUGCAGAGGACUGUCAACAUGCAUGAGGUCGUUGGUCUGCCGCCUGGGAUCGAGACACGCAACGAAGCCAUAGUGGGGUAUUCCGAGGAUGCUGAUGUGGUUCUUAUAUCUGUGUCCACUAAGCAAGAACACUCCACUAAGUAUCAACACUCUGCCUUCAUCGUUCAGCUGGAUUCGAUGCAGUCCAGGGAGCUUAGUCGGAGUUUUUUGGAGCAUUCAUACCAUCCGUUCGCGUAUUUCUAUACUGCAGGUACUGCUAAAGCGUGAAGUUCUGCUUCAGCCAUCGAGUCACCGCAGCAGCAGGGUCUAUUCCUAUAUCAGCAUACAUCUCUUGAACCACUGAUCUGACUUCAAAGGUAGUCGCAUGGUUCAAUUGAUCUAGGUUUCUUGGCACCAGCCACCAGGUUACUAAAAACGAGUGUUCUGUCAUGGUUAUUUGACAGAAGUAAGAAAAAACAGAAAUGUAGGCUGACAGAAAUGGAAACUGUGUUUUCUUUUGAGAGAUGGAUACUGUAAGUUGCCUUGCGACCUUGCUUUCAAACAAAAGUUCAUUUAUUGUUUCCUAGUUUUAGGACAGUAAUAAAUACCAGUGCAAACAAAAGAAGGGUUAUAAGCCAGUUUUGAACUCGUCAAAGAAUAUCAGUAAAAACUAAAGCAUACCUUGACUGUACAUCAAAAAAAUUCCUUAGCAGAUACUUUACGUUGCUUUUUUUUGAACCAUAACUUCGGAUUUGGGGCAGAUGGAAAGUUGCUGGUACAAAAUAUUUAUGUGCUCCUUGAAUUAGAUAUUUUUAUGAUGUAGAGCCCGCUGUGUUUUUAUCGACCAACUGGUUCGCCCUUUUGCUACAUGUAGCUUAAUUAUAAAUGUUCUAGAAUUGGGGGUUUCGGUUUUCUGCAGUUUCCUUGAUUCAGUAGAUGCGUGGUGUGCUCAAUACGCUGCGCUGGUGCCUGAUAGAUCGUUUUUUCCGCUCACAUCAAUAGUUUAGGUCUAAAUUUAUUCAUCCAUGCAUUCAAGGCAAAAAUUUGUUUGUGUAGAAUUGGUUGUUUGGGGUAUGCCGUCUUUUCAUACAUGGCAUGUUCAUUGUUAUAUCUCUGUUACAUUUAUCAUCUAGGAUACUAUAAUUGAACAUCAUGUUUGGUAAAACUGCAAUUACCGAACAUCAUGUUUGUCCCUUAUUUCUUGUUAUAUAAUUGUUACUAUUACUAUGUUUUAAACUUACAUGAUAUAUAUCCAGUCUACUAGGUAUCUUUAUUCUUUCCUGUUUUGUGCUCUGCCCCAUUUUUGGUUGCCUUCCUCUCAUGUUUUGUAUUUUCAGUUUGCACAAGAUAUGCAUUUUUUACUUUGACCUUUUGCUUUGUUCACACCGUUAUGCAUUAAUCUUUGGUUAUGUUGCUGUUAUUCAGUUUAGAUAUGUACAGUUACAAGCAUAUCUUUAUUUAGGUGAAUAGCCAUUGUAUACUGAAUCAGUGGGCUAAGAAAUUUUAGAGAGAAGUGCAUAUUACAAUCUUGAAAUAAUGCCCUAGUUUAAGUUACAACCAUAAACUUGAAAACUGGUUAGAACACAUCCCUGAAUUAUUGAAACCGUCUAAUUUACUCCCAGGGAUACAGUUGGCAGUUGGUUUCGUAGCUGCAUCUCUCUGAGAUUUCUUUGGAGAGCAGGCCGUCGCUGCAUCCUCCUGCCUCGACCAGCGCCGCCCCCCACCUCACCUCAGGCCCUCAGUCUCCAGCCUCCCUCACCUAGGACAGUAGGACUCCGAUGGACCAUGUUGUCACCUCGGUCCCGUGCACAACCCCCACAGUUUAACCUUAGCCACCACCACUGCGUGUUUCCGCCGUUGGCACGCCAUCCAACUGCGUCGUUUCUGGCCGAUUCCUCGCACCAGCGAGAUUGCAAGGACACGGGGAGUCCAAUACCGUGGUCAGACGCUCGACUCAUAUCGAGCCAAUUGAUGGAAUUUUGGCUGUCCUUGUCAAUGCUUUCGAGCCAUCACGAGCAAAACCCGCCGAUUAAUUUUGAGAAUCCACAGUUGGAGCUCCAUCAGACAUUGACCACCACCCAGCAUCUCUUCCGCGAGACUGAGGCUGUCCCGAGUCAUCUUCUAGCCCAGCUCCUCUGUCCCGAGCUCCUCCACAUCCUGGUGCAUGGUCACCACCACCGUGCCUCCGCCGCCGCUGGCCAUGCAACAAAGCAUGCCGACGAUCCUGGCUGCGGUAAUGGAGUUGAGCCAGGAGGUGGGCUCGUCUUGGAGCAGCAGGCUCUGAUCCACUGGCCAGCAUCUCCAGCCCAAUUCUGAUCUGCUCGUGCUCACAGCUGGAGAGGCCAUGGACGCCGCCGACCAUGAUGUGAGCCACUUUGGUGAGGCCUGGCUCCUGCACCACUCCUCCACCUGGGCGUGCUUCUCUCGAAAUUUUAUCCCCUCACAAGGUUGGUUGGUUUCAAGAUUAUUACUCCCUCCGUCCCUACACACUAAAACGACAUGCGAAUCUAGACAAACCUGCGUCAUUUAAUUUGGGAUGGAGGAGUAUUGUUUUCUCCUGAUGGAAACUUUUAGGAAAGCACAAAUAAGAAUUAUCUCGGUAAUGUCCAAGCCCUGUAAUAUUGUUUUGAAGAUUAAAUUGAGUUAGCUAAGUUUCACUGUAAAUAUUUCUAAUGAUGUAAUCUUUAAGAAUGUUACAAAAUUUCAGUCGAUUUGCUCUAAGGAUACGAAUCAUGAAGAAUUGUCCCUGUUCGGUUAAGCAAGCUAAAUUCACUAUUUCGCCAUUGCUUGUUGCUUGUGUUCGAAUUAUCUUUAUAUUUGACUAAAUGCCCUACUAAUAGUACUUCCUGCUUUGGUGAAGAAGUAUGAUCCUAUUGCUUUUAACUCUUAAACUGCCAUUUUUCUAAUUGCCUUUUGACACAAGCAAGGACUAUGUCUCUAGGAUUUUGUGAUAUCCUUUUCCUAUGGUUUUGCUGGAUAUAAUCAGGUCAGUGCAUUUUAUUAUUUUCUUCAAAGCCUACCUACAUGGUUUAUUACCAUCUCUCUUUGGUACCAGCGAGAACUCUGUCUAUGAUUUUUGGUAUGUAGGGAUGCUGUUGAAUCCUCGGUUGCUUGGCCUGGCAAAAAGCUGUAAUCUGGAACUGGUCCUGCAAUCAUCUGAGAUAUUGUGGGUUUACGAAGGUGAACGCUCGUUGGCAAAAUAAGGAAUGGGGUUGUCUUAUGUCAAACCCUUGUUAAUCACCUGUCCUGGAAUGGCUAUGAAUGUGCAUAACUGGAACGUUGCUCUAUUUUCUAAUCCCUCGCUGCUGGUGCAGGCUUGAAUUCCUCCAUUACUUUGCUGUUACUUCGUGUUAAAUUUGGGUGUGCUAAUUUGCCCCAACUGAGACAUAGCCUAAAGACUAUAGUGGGUCUUCAUUUUUCUGUGUGGUUCAGUACAAUUUAACCCCUGUAGACCGAAAACUCUGAAGCCAAAGAGGGCAGCGACACAGCUCUCAAGCUUACAAGAAGGGUUGAAGAUAUAAGUUUUUUUUCCAGAUGGUUGAAGAUAUCAUUUCUUUUUGUGGUGGGUUGAAGCUACCAGGCUACUAAUAAGGAACAAUCUUGGACCUUCAUUGCAGGCUCUUGCAAAUGGUAUCCACGGAUGAUUAAAGUCAAGAUGUUCUACUGAGAAUUCGCAACGAUCACAAAUUCUGGGCGUCCAAAGGAACUGUAGUACCUCCUGAUGAUGAGGGAGAAGAGCAAGGAAGUAUUGCUUUAGACAAAAGGUAUCAACAACUCAAUCAAGUGAUAGCUAACUAUAUGAUACGGUGCAGAAUUUGUAAUACACGUUUUAUUGGCAAGUAUAAGUCAAAAGCUUUAUACA